AUGGUUUCGGUGAAACUUCAGAAGCGGCUUGGCGCUAGCGUGCUCAAGUGUGGCAUAGGCAAGGUUUGGCUUGACCCUAAUGAGAUCAAUGAAAUCUGCAUGGCCAAUUCUCGCCAAAACAUACGAAAGUUGGUUAAAGAUGGCUUCAUCAUUAGGAAGCCAACUAAGAUUCACUCUCGCUCCCAUGCUAGGCGAAUGAAGGAGGCAAAGAUGAAGGGACGCCACUCUGGAUAUGGUAAGCGGAAGGGUACAAGGGAGGCAAGGUUCCCCACCAAAAUCCUUUGGAUGAGGAGGAUGCGUGUCCUGAGAAGAUUGCUUCGCAAGUACAGGGAAGCAAAGAAGAUUGAUAAGCAUAUGUACCAUGAUAUGUACAUGAAGGUAAAGGGUAAUGUGUUCAAGAACAAGAGAGUCUUGAUUGAGAGCAUACACAAGUCGAAGACUGAAAAAGUUAGAGAGAGGAUUUUAUUUGACCAAUUUGAGGCAAAGCGGGCAAAGAACAAGGCAAUUAGGGAGAACAAAAUUGCUUGGACAAAAGAGGGUUUGGCAAAUGUGGUCUAA